AGCUGGCAAAACAUUCAAAAACCAUCCAAUCAGGAGUAAGCGUAAUUGCCCGAAAAGGAAAGAGAAGAAGAUUAAUAAAACCAGGGUGAAAUCCAUUCUAAAGCCCCCUUUAGCCCAUUAACAAAAUGCUCCCCUCCCCUGCUCUUUUUCCCCAAUAGGAAAAGGGAAAAGUUCUAAGCAAAAAACACUGCCUAGUUUUUUAGCAGCAGCGUGUCAUCUUUCAUUGAAAGCAACGCACUUUCACACUGUGAAACGGCGGAACACCUGAUCAUUGCUCUCGAACACCGAACAUCCCAACAAAAGAAAGUACACGACUUUCUGUUUGAGGCUUCAGCAGUUGAGUUCGAAAGAUGCGCGCCUUAGCAGCUCAGCUCAACACUUUCUUGUUCAAAAGAAAGCCUUGGAAUGUGCAGUCUCGAAAUUUCUCAUCAUAUAACGGAAAAGAUGAGGCCUAUCUUGAACAGGAAGCUGAGAGGAAGAUAGGAUGGUUGCUGAAACUGAUUUUUGCUGGCACUGCAAGUUUUGUUGCUUAUCAAUUCUUUCCCUACAUGGGAGAUAAUUUGAUGCACCAAUCUGUGUCACUUUUGCAUGUUAAGGAUCCCUUGUUUAAGAGAAUGGGAGCAUCUAGAUUAGCCCGUUUUGCAAUUGAUGAUGAAAGAAGGAUGAAAAUAGUGGAGAUUGGUGGGGCUCAAGAGCUCUUAAAUAUGCUGGGAUCUGCUAAAGAUGAACGCACACUGAAAGAGGCUCUGAAAGCUCUUAGUGCACUGUCAAAGUCAGAUCAAGCAGUCGGAGCUUUACACCAUGCAGGGGCAAUCUCAGUUAUAAAGUCUACCCGAGACACCUUUGAAGAUAUCGAAAUUGGGAUAUAUAAAUCAAACUUACUGAAGAGAUUUCAAGAUCUGAGAUACGAUAUUUCGUCUUGAGAGAAGUUUUAGCUCUAUGAAUUUGGGGUUGAAGAACAGUUAGAUUGAAUUCAUAGGAGCAAAUGAAAAUUUGAGUGUAUCCUUUUGCUGAUUGUAGAGUUGAAGAAUUCACAGUUUGUGCCUUUGGCUUUGCUCCCCAUGUGCCAGUUUUUACAUUUACUUCACUGUAGACUGUGUAGUGUGGUCUUUUUCUCUUAAUCCCAGAAUUCAGAGGUUUAACCUAAGGAAAUAAAGAAAUUUAUUCCUGCCUUACAAACUUGGUUCAUUACCUUAA